UUUAGAGCCUAGCUUCACACACACAGAGAGCUUGUACAGGCAGAAGUCUGCUACAAUGAGGACAACACCAUGGGCAAUGGCUCUGGUCAUACUUCAUGUCACACUGUGUUCCAGUCAAUCAGAAAAUAAUUUCUUGAUGUACGACAAAAAUGUAAACAAAUGCCUAAAAGGCUAUCAGCCUCUGAAGCUGUUCUACUGUGAUUCCAACCAACUGAGUCAGCAGUUCCGCUGGACAUCCAACGACCGCAUCCUUAAUGUUCAGAUGAGCAGAUGUCUGGGAGCUGGGAGCAAAUCGGACGGCUCAGGCCUGCAGUGGUACAUCUGUGAUGAAACAAGUGAUCUCCAAAAGUGGGAGUGCAAGAAUGGCACACUGUUAAAUCUGAAGGGAACCAAUCUUUUCUUAUCUCAAGAUGAAAACAAAGUUCUGAAACUCACCCAAGACAUUGGAGCUGCUAGUCAGUGGUUAAUACAUGGCACUGCAGAGGGCCUUUGCUCACAGCCAUACCAAGAGCUGUACACAAUUGGGGGCAACGCCUAUGGUAGUCCAUGCCAUUUUCCAUUCAAAUAUGAGGGAAAUUGGUACUCAGACUGUAACCUACUACAGACUUGUUUGACUGACAGAGACUACCCGAAUGGUUGGGGCUUCUGUCCCACUAAAUCAACUAAGGACUGGAAGAAAAAUCCAGUGACUGGCGUCUUUUACCAGGUCAACGAAAACUCCGCCCUCACUUGGCACCAAGCCAGAAGGAGCUGUCAGCAGCAGGACUCAGACCUGCUGAGUAUAACUGAGCCCCAGGAGCAAACCUACAUAUCAGGUAUCACAAGUGGAUUUCAAACUAUUUUUUGGAUUGGGCUAAACCAACUGAACACUGAGAGCGGCUGGCAAUGGACAGAUGGAUCUCCAUUUCGCUACCUGAGAUGGGAUGUUGGCCAGCCAAGCCGUGCUGAGGGAUGGUCUUGUGCUUCCUUGAACACCAUAGAAACUAAUUCCUGGGAAAACAAGUUGUGUUCAAAAAAGCAUGCAUAUAUUUGCGAGAAAAGAACCACGAUUCCUGCUGUUACUCCAGGGCCACCUGUUUCUUGCAGUGCUCCAUGGAUUCCAUAUGCAGGUCACUGCUAUUUUCUGAAUCGUACAAAGAACACAUGGAAGGAUUCUAACAGUCAGUGUUUGAAUGCUGGUGGACAUUUAGUAAGCAUUCAUGACAUAGAGGAGCAAAGCUUUGUGCUCUCACAGCUUGGAUACAUGGAGACAGAUAAGCUGUGGAUCGGUCUGAAUGACCAAAAGACACAGCUUCUGUUUGAGUGGAGCGAUCAGUCUCCCGUCACGUUCACCACAUGGGACACUGAGGAGCCAUCUCACCACCGCUCUGUACUGGAGGACUGCGUCCUGAUGGGGGGCAAAGAUGGAAAGUGGGCAGAUACCAGUUGUGAAGAAAAGAAUGGGUUCAUUUGUAAAAGAGCUGGAAACUCUCAAUCUUCCUCUAAAUCUGAGACUGAGAACACUGGCUGCAAAGCUGGAUGGAUCAGGUAUGGCUACAACUGCUACUUUGUUGGAUCAACAACAAAGGCAUUUGAUGAGGCAAAGAAGAGUUGCCAAGACAGUGGAGCUCACCUGGUUGACAUACCAAACAGAGUAGAGAAUGCCUUCCUCAUCAGCCUGGUGGGAGCCAGACCAGAGAAGCACUUCUGGAUUGGGUUGUCUAACCAAAGAGACCGUUACACGUUUGAAUGGUCCAACUCACAAAAUGUCCCCUACACUCACUGGAAUACACGUAUGCCAGGCCAAAAGCAGGGUUGUGUGGCCAUGACGACUGGGACUUUGGCCGGACUGUGGGAUGUGCUGAGCUGCUCCAACAAGGAGAAGUACAUCUGCAAGCACCAGGCCCAGGGAGUGGUGACCACCCCAGCCCCACCUACCUCACCCGCUCCCAGCUGUGCAGAGGGAUGGAAACCCCUGGGAGUCAGACACUUCUGUUACAAGUUGUAUUAUGAAGAAAGAACUUGGUUUGAAGCUUUGGCGUUUUGUAGAUCUAUUGGUGGGGAUUUGAUAAGUAUUCACAGUCAUUUGGAUCGACUCAAAGUUGAACAGGAAGAUGAUCAUGCAUGGAUUGGUUACAGCGCUGCAGAUCCUAAUGUUGGCUACACAUGGUCUGAUGGGUCUUCAUCCUCUUUCACAAACUGGGCGCCAGAAGAGCCAAAUAAUAAAAACAAUAUGGAGAAUUGUGCUCUAGUUUAUUUUUCAUCGAUGACGUGGAAUGACUUUGCUUGUGAAAGGAAUCUGAAAUUCAUUUGUGAGAUACGAAAAGGGAUGACCCCUUUGGAAUCCAAUGUUACCAUUCCAAGUUAUAAUGUCACAGAAGAUGGAUGGAUAGAAUUCGACGGUCAUCAGUAUUAUAUCAAAAAGUACCGAAUGGAACAAAUGGAGGAUGCUCAAAAAAUUUGCAAAAAAGGACAUGGGGACCUUGCUGUAAUCGAUAGUGAGGCAGAGAGAUUGUUUCUGUGGAAACAGAUUCAAAAGGCAUAUCGUGGAUUUUACAUUGGACUGAAAAUAGACUUGGAUCAAAACACAGAGUGGAUGGAUGGGACUCCAGUGGAUUUUCAAAGAUGGGAUGAAAACCAACCAAACUUUGUAUCCAAUGACGAGACCUGUGUGAAAAUGGAUUCUUCCUUUGGUCUCUGGUCUGUCACUAACUGUGGUAAAACUUUGGGAUUUAUUUGUGAGCGUCAUGAAACUCCUGCUGCAAACGCUACACUGGCGGCUCCUACUGAGGGCCCUAAGGGAGGCUGUGCCCCUGACUGGACUAAAUACAGAGAACAUUGCUACAAAGCUCAGUUUGAAAAGAAAAAAUGGACAGAAGCCAGGUCAUACUGCAAAGCAGUGGGUGGGAAUCUGGUAUCUAUUCUAAAGAGAGAUGAACAAGCGUUUCUGACAACCAUGGUGGCAGAUGCGCCACAUGAUUUGUGGAUUGGCCUGCACACCCUUUUAAGCCCUUUCAGUCCCGUGUGGACUGAGGGAAAGAAGCUCAUCUAUAACAACUUUCAGAAUGGCGGCUAUGCAAGAUUUCCGUACUGGUCACAUUUUAGGCGGGAAUAUUGUACUGCAAUUAUUACCAAACCUAGAACAGCUUUUGGCAAGUGGAAAAAAUGCGAAUGCUCUGAGAAUAUGGGAUUUAUCUGCAGACGACCCACUGAUAAUCAAAUCAUACCACAGACGACAGUUCUGCCCCAAUCAUACAUCAAGAUUGGGAACGACUCCUUCAAGGUGGAGUCAAACAAUCUGACCUGGUGGGAGGCCAAGAAGAGGUGUGAGGCAGAUGGAGCCCAGCUGGCCAGCAUUCGGGACAGCAUCACCCAAGCCUACAUAGAACUGCAACUCCGCAAACUCAAGCAGCCCAUGUGGAUUGGCCUCAAUAAAAAUAUGACCGAUGGUUACUUUAGAUGGAUUGAUAAUUGGCCCCUAAGUAUGGAGAACUGGAAAUUUUCACAACCCGGAAACCAAUUUUCCUGUGUGUAUGUGGGUCAGUCUGGAUCGUGGGUGCCUGCUCCAUGCAAUCAGUCCCUUCCCAGUGUCUGCAAGCGCUCGACUGAGAUUGCUCCAACACCAGACUCUAACUUUCCUGGUCAAUGUUCAGAUAAAUGGAUGCCUUUUCAGGGCCAUUGCUACCUCUUUUCAAACAGACAAAGAGACUGGUCAGAAGCUUCUACAGACUGUAUUUUAAUGGGUGCAUCUCUGCUGAGCAUUGAAGAUACUAAGGAAGCUGAGUAUAUAAAUGGUAAACUGGAGAUUGAACAGGACACAUAUGAUGCCUACUGGAUUGGCCUGUACAAAACCCUCAGAGGUCAGUGGCACUGGCUGGACAAGAGUGUGCUGGACUAUACCAACUGGGCAGAUGGGCGUCCAGCAAAUCACAACCAUGCCGUAAUCUCAACAUCAGACUUUAAAUGGGCAGAUCAUUACGAGCACAUGAAUUUUCCAUAUAUCUGCAAAAAACCCAAAGAGCCAGGGACUGUAAAACCUACAGAAAGCCCAGUUCUGGAGGUUCACCGUUGGUAUACAGGGCUGAUUGUUGGUGUUGUUAUUACUUUGGUGAUUGUGAUGGGAUUAGUAAUGUUUGCAAUGUUUGACUACUACAAACGAACAGUUCUAGCCACCAUUCCUGCUUUUGAGAACCCACUAUACAUAAAAGAGAUAGAUCCACAUUCAUCAUAAAUAAAUAAGAAGAUUUAUAAAUAAAGAACAAACAGCUACCAAUCAAAUCAUUUAUCAACGGUAUGGAUAAAUUAAACUGUAUGGAUAAAUGCAACAGUAUGGAUAAAUGCAACUGUAUGGAUAAAUGCAUACAUGUAUGUAUGCAAAGGUGGAAGAAAAAAUCAUCAAUCAUCAGUCAUAAAAUUACAUGCUGGUUUUCAAUUACAUUGCAUGAGAGAAUUGAUACUGCAUUUGAGUGUAUUACAGUGACCAUUUAUCACUGCACAUUAUUCACUACUACAUUAUUUAUUUUUUCAGUUAAUGUAGAUUUCUCUGUUUCCCUUUUUGUUACUCAUGUCUUUAUACAUUAAAAUACCUAUUUGUGAGUAUCAUG